AUGACCAAGCGAAACUAUAGGAAGAGAAGAGAUUCAAGUGAUGAUGAUGAGAAAGUGGGCGAUGAAUCGAUAAGUGAUGUCAUUAAGAGGGCCAAAGAACUGCAAAAGUUCCGCGCGAAACCGCGUGGUAUUGAUAGUAGCGAAUUAGAUAAAGGGAACGUUCCAGAUGUUGAAGUACCUGAAGAUGAGGAUCCAUUUAAGCUCAAGACUGGCGGAUUAAUUGAUAUGGAUCACGCGAAGAAGGGUGGCGUCGAUGAAAUGGGCGAUAAAAUUUCUCUUGGUAAGAAUUUCUCUGCUGAAACGAAUACCUUCGACGAAGAUGCUGCCAUGAUGAAGUAUAUUGAAGUUGAGCUGGCGAAAAAGAAGGGAGUUGUAUCUCAAGAUGAUGAGGAUUCUAGAAGUGGUAAAGUUCUUGAGGAUAGCUUGUAUGAAUUACCUGAAAACUUACGUAUAACUUCGGCUAAGAAAUCGGAAGAAAUGUUAUCCAAUCAGAUGCUAUCUGGAAUACCAGAAAUUGAUUUGGGCAUAGAUGCAAAGUUAAGAAAUAUUGAGGCCACAGAAAAUGCUAAAUUGGAAAUGUUGAUGAAACGAAGAAGAAAGAAAAAUGAGAUAUCAAGCAUGGUACCAAUUAACAUAGCCGUAAAUUAUGUUCAGCAUACACGUUAUGUAGAUAUUGAUGUAGAAGAAGAAGUAAUCAGUCGGAAAACUGCUACUAAUGAUCGCGCGACUACUCAAAAAAGGCGUCACAACUGGAAGAAUACUGCAACUGAUGACUAUCACUUUGAAAAAUUUAGAAAACAAAUGAGACGGUAA